AUCUAGUAAAGGUUUACCUAAGCACUGUUCUUGAUUUGGCUAAUUGUUCUGAAACGACUUAAAACAAAGCAUAUAUGUUAGCACAGAGAGCAGGGGAAUGAUAAUUGAUACAAACUGUGUUUUAUGCUUGCAAACCCCAUACAAGGAGAAGAAUGCAACUCUCUAAUCGGUACCGUCCUCGUCUGAAAGCGCUUUGUCCAGCUUAGCAAAUGGAAGGUCUGAGGCCGUAGCAAGUAACUCCGAUUAAGUCCGGCGGGAAGAAGGUGAACGUUGGGGACUUUGGGUUGGGCUUUUGGUUUUUUGGGCCAAAGGGUUAGGUUUGUAUGAACGGUUUUUCGUUCAUCCAUCCAUUGCUCUUCUGCAAGAAAGGUUCAGACAGUUGGAGAGAGCCAAGAAGAUAAGGCAGGAGAAAGAGCUCUUACGUAUGUUCCCUGAAUCAAGGCAGAUCAAUGCAGCUAUGUCUUAUGUGCCAUACAGAUCGCUUUUACACCCUGUACUCAUGCUUCAGUCAGAGCUGCCGCUUCAGUGUACACUCAAAAGAGAAGCUAGUCUGCAGAGCAGGAAUACCCAGGUUCAGGUCAUUCAAACUCCAAUGUUGGAGAAUUUAUGGUCCAGGGACACUGUCAUAUGCACAACUGACAAUGAUGAUAUUUCAGAUGUUGAUACUUCACUUCAUCUGUGAAAAAGUAUUACAAUGUUAGUCUACCUAGUAAUCCUGUGGUUUCCUUCCGUUUGUUCUUCAUGGGGCAGUAAGAAUAUGGGAACGAAAAGAAGGAGCUAAAGAAAAGAAAACAGAAUAUGUAAUGUAGCUAAUGGCCAUUAUCUUAUGUAUCUUCAGCAACUACAUAGCGAUCAGAAAGGCAAUUCGCUUCUCUCUUUUGAAAUGCAUUCUCAUCAUAGGUAAUGUUAUCCAAUUUGUCACUGUUCCCUUUCCUCUUCAUGAAUUUGGGAAUCAAUCGAGUUCCAUCUUUGGCCUCUGACAUUGCUUCCCCAUUGUUUAUCUGCUCAAAACGAACAGCACUAACCUUUCAAGCAUUUGCAGCUAAUAUCUGCACCAGGGACAACAUUUCACUCA